UGCCUCUAAAUUAGAGAGAAGUGGUUGUUUAUCGAUGAAAUCAACAACAAAAACUUCCAGUACCUCCGCACCAAUUAACACAGGAAAAUCUAGUAAAAGCAUCGUUAUAAACACAGCAACGUUACCUAAGUAUAAGCAGUGCAUCUUGGACUGCACUCUAAACGGGAAAAUACUAAAACGGCCAAAAGACUUUUCACCGGUUUUUGAAGCAGACUAUUUGAAAGAACUCAUCAACUGCAAUUUAAGAACAAAGAAAUUGAGCCAAGAAUGCCAGCGGAAUUUGGCGGCAACAGCGUUAGAGAAGAUGGGUGUUGUGCAAGUUUUAUUCUCCACUGGAUGUCAAAGGGAUUCUUGGUUUGGAGCCCAGAAAUAUUGUUCAUCAAAAGGAUUAGUUUUGGCUUCUUUUGAUUCAAAACAAAAAAUUGGCCACUUUGCUCUGUACUUGACGUCACAAAGCAGAUCAAGGAAACUGCCUGAAUUUUCCAGGAACCCAUUGGAGAUAUGGGUUGGGGGCACUAACGCAAAUCGCGACAACUAUUUCUGGAUCGAUACUGGUCAACCAGUGGACGCUGAAAUUACAUCUGGUUUUGUGCCACAAGAAAAGACACAAAAAUGCAUCUAUGCAUACAUAAACUCUUCCGAUGCUUCUAUGAAUUGGAAAGAAAGUAACUGCAAUUCUACAUUUUCUUUUCUUUGCGAAGUCCCAAAACUUUGUUAUUUCCAAAAAUGUAAAACCAAGUCUCAAAUGAGAGUAGCAGAAAAGGGAGUAAAACUCGUAGGCAACUGUGCCACACAAAAGUGCAUGACUUGUCAGGAACGAAUAAAAGCAGAUAAAAACCGAACCAAAGAUGAUGGUCCUGAAAAUAAUGGCAGAUAUUUCACUUUUCUGAAAAAAAAAUAUUACGCAAGUGCUGUCAGGCGGUCGUACGACGAUGCGUCGCUCUAUUGCUGCAAAAUGCAGAUGAAUCUUUGGACGUGGAAAUCUUAUGACGAAGGAGAAAAGAUGAUUUCUGUUCUUCAAGAAAUCGGAUUUAAAAUUUAUGACUACAUGCUUUGGCAUGUAAACGCAAAGGACGAAGCCUGUGAUGAAAGUUAUAUUUGGUGCGACAAGCAACGGCGACCCAUCGGAGCUGAUUAUAUGUGGCUAGAUUCUGACCCUGACGAUUUUCUUGCAAGCGAAACGUGUAUCGCGUUAGGUGUUUCAAAUGAGAAAACGGGAUUCAGAGAUAUACCUUGCUAUAUCAAAAUUCUUUUUAUAUGCGAGAGCGACGACAGCAGUUCGAUACUAAAUAUGCAUCAAGAAAUUGAAAUUCGGCCGUUACGUUUCGAUCAAAAUCAGGAAUGCAGAGAGAAAAGUCGAUGCAUCAUACCUACUAAAGAGAUGAGCCCAGACAGUACAUUGGGAGCUGUGAUCAAGGCAUCUGGAAGAACUUAUUUUGUGAGCAAGGUCACGAAGAAUUAUUGGAACGCAUUCACUCAUUGCUGUAGUAUGGGAAUGCAUAUGGCGACUUUCGACACCUACGAGGAAAUUGAUGGCAUCUUUCAAAAUUACCACUUCAAUCUUACGUGGAGUGAUUACAGAAACGCUAGAUAUUAUUUAACCUCAUCAUUAUUUUAUAAAGACGAUGCUGUUUUUUGGUGUUCUAACAACAAACCAGUUAACAUGAGCACUAUCCCCUUUAUAUUCACAGAGCCAAACAACGCAUAUCCACCAGAAAUCGUCAUGGGAACGAUGUUUUUAACCUUUGGCAAGGGUCUGGGUGACGUUAACCCUUACGCGACUUGGGUAUAUAUAUGUCAGUCACCUAACAAAGAUCCGUAGGAUUGUUGUUUGUAAUUAUUCUUGUAUAUCAAGUCCUUUUCUCUUAUUAAGCUUGUA